AUGGAUGAGAGCGGACUCGAGAAGGAACGUCAUGGCGCUGGUUUUGCUAUAGGAACGACGUUAGUAGCGCGUUGGAUGGACAAGAUCGAACGUACUUGUGUUGUGAUUGAUCGUACAAGACAAAAGAAUAGUAGUAAUCAUCAGUAUAAGUAUUACGUACAUUGGCAUGAUUUUAAUCGUCGUAUGGACGAAUGGAUUAAUGAACAUGACAUUGUACGACGUGGGACUAAUGAAGAGACACAGAAGUUACAGGAAAAAGAUGCCAAAGAGAAGGAAAAAGAGCAACGAGACAAGAGUCGAAAUCAUAAUCAAACACUUGCUCCCAGUCCAGACGCGUUGACUCGAACUCGAGGACAGAAACGGAAGACAUCAGAUGAUCAAGAUUUUGAACCACCAGAGGAAGAACAUGAUGAACAUGAAGGCAUGGAUGCUGCUAGUAUUCGAGAACAUGAAGAAGUGACGAAAGUCAAGAAUGUUCGUUUCGUGGAAAUGGGACGUUUUCGCAUGGCUGCUUGGUACUUUUCACCUUUUCCAAAAGAGUAUUAUCCUGAUGGAUCCAUUGAUUGCCUACAUUUUUGCGAGUUCUGCAUGGCAUUUUUCUGCUACAAACGUGAGCUAAGAGUGCAUCAAGAGCGUCGCAUAUGCAAUCGUCAUCCACCCGGUAACGAAAUUUAUCGGCACGAGAAUUUGAGCGUAUUUGAAGUGGAUGGUGCAGUUUCCAAGAUUUACUGCCAGAAUCUUUGCUACUUUGCCAAGUUGUUUCUCGAUCACAAAACGCUAUACUACGACGUGGACCCGUUCCUGUUCUUUAUUAUAUGCGAAGUUGACUCGCGUGGUUUCCACCCGGUGGGUUAUUUCUCCAAGGAGAAGUACUCUGAACUGGGUUACAAUCUGGCUUGUAUCCUGACAUUCCCAUGCCACCAACGCAAAGGCUACGGUCACUUCAUCAUCCAGUUCUCGUAUGAGCUGAGUAAGAAAGAAGAGAAGGUAGGGUCACCCGAAAAGCCUCUAUCAGAUCUGGGCCUGGUAAGUUAUCGGAGCUACUGGACGCGCGAAUUGCUUCGCAUUCUCCGGGAUUAUCCCGAGAAAGAAGUAUCCAUUAUGGAGCUCACAAAGAUUACCUCUAUCAAGAACGAGGACAUCAUUGCAACUCUGCAACAUCUCAAUAUGAUAAAGUAUCUAGGUGGACAGUAUGUUUAUGUCGUGCCAACACAAAUUGUAGACGCGCAUCUGACAAAGCUAUCUAAGACGGGUCCACAGGUUGUUCCUGAAAAGCUGCACUGGGCGCCACUGCACCUAGACAUUAAACGUGACAAGUGGUCAUUGAAGGCGAUGACUGCAGACAAGGAGGAUUAA